UGGCGGCUGCAUGAUUGAUAAUUCCGUAGUGACUGUACAUACACACACUUACAUACACAUACCCCAGAGUCAUGAGUACAUACAUUAAACUAAAACCAUUGAUACAUACAUACAAUACAGUUGUUUCCUAUCGUGUCGAUAUCUCAUACUCUGUAUAAAAAAAGAAAUAAAUAAAUAAAUAAAUAAAAUAAUCAGAGUACAGUAAUAAGUAAAAAGGGAAAUAUAUUUAAUCUUCAUGUGAUAGUGAUUAUAUAUUUCAUACAUCCAUACAUACAUACAUAUAUACAACAUACACGAGUUCAGUCAGAGCAAGAGCACCAGCAUAUAUAUGCACAUAUAUAUGUCUACGAACAUAUCAAGUCUUUCUUUGUCAUACAUACAGUCUUAAAGUUUAGUACUUGUAGUUCUGAUUCGCUCGUUUUGCGCGUGAACGAGCGAAAACAGGAAAAACAGGUACGCGACAACGGGGUGUGCAACUUUAAAUUUUUAACUUUUUAUUAUUUUAAAAAAAUAAUAAUAAUUAUAAAUACAUAAAUAAAUAACACACUAAGUUAUUGUUGAUAAUAAUUCGGGUAAUUAUUUUAGGUGAUUUUAAAAUUAUCUGAGUACUGGAUAAUAAAUAGUGCUAGUGCCAUUGGAUAAGCAAAAAAAAUUGCUAAAGAAAGUGUGGAUGGUGAAUGUGUAUGUGGUGAUGGAUUUUGAUAGUUGUGUAGACGGUUGAUAGAACUCUUUUUACUUUGAGAAUAAACCCAUAAGUCUACUUAGUUACAAGCACUUUAGUUGUAAUAAUAAUAAUUAUUAUUAUUAUUGCAAAGAAUAAUUACUGGUUACUCUAACGGAAUUGUUGUUGAUUAUAUUUAUAUAUGAAUGGCAAUUAAUCUAAAAGUUACAGAUUCCGAGUUCUGAUUGAUUGGAAAAGGAGUCAGCUGAUGAGGGUAACUUCUGAAUGGUCGAUUAUUUAUUUAAACGAAGCUGCCUACUCAACUCUAGAUUAUUAUAAAUAAUUAUAAUAGUAACUAUUAUUCUGGUGUAAUUGAAGAAACUGCCUGGUGAUAAUAGAUUAUUCAUGCAUAGUUUUCAAUGGACUUUAAUGGAUACCAUGACAAUAGUUUUAAAUACUUGAUAUGUUUUACUUGAAGCUCUAUUAUAAACUAAAAUUAAAACUAAAACUCGUGUUAUAAAUCUAGUUCAAGCCUCAGCUAUUAAUUACGUACGAGUAAUAAAUAAUCUUAACAAAAAAUAAUUCAUUUGGUUGUACAGUAAAAAUAAUAAUAAUUAUUUUUAAAAUGAUAUAUUGUCACACUCGGACAGACUGGAGACGAUAAAAUUAAACUACAGGAUUAAAAAAAUCUGGAGGCUGAGACGAGAAAAAAAUUUUAAAAAUGAAGACUGUGGUUGAAUAUUUAUUUAUAAAUAAUAGCCGGGAAUAUUGAGUGUUAUUUUAUUUGAAUUUAAUAAUCAAAAUGUAUAAAUAUUAUUUUAAAUAUUUUCAUCAAUGGUUAAAAGUUACAUCAAAAAAAUUGAGAGACGAGGACGACGACGAGGCUGUUUUUAAAUAUUUUAUGGAUGAUAGAGGAUAUAUUUAUUAACCCUAAAAAUAUCAAGGGUUAAUCAUGGAGAAUAGUGGUUCCGGUGUGGUGCAAGUAUUUGUGGGCGAGUGGAGCCCGGAAUACGAAGCGCUGUCAAUAAAAGCAACAAAACAAACAACAUCUGCUGAAAUAGUAGAAUGUAUUAUAGAAAGAUUGGCUUUGAAUGACCCAAAUCUAUCAAAUGGCUAUGAAUUAGCCGAGGUUGUGGGUAAUUCUGUUGGCCAGGAAUGCAAGGAACGGAGACUUGGGCCAUCCGAGUGCCCUGUCGCGCUCAUGCUGCUCUGGCCAAAAAGUGUUACACAGCAAGAAUACUAUCGAUUUUAUUUAAGAAAAAAACAAACAGAUUGUUUAUGGGCGGACAGUAGAUUUCCACUGGAUCCUCAGCUACUGAAAGAUUAUUUUAACCGAUUUUUAUAUCAACCACGUGAUAAAGAGUAUCCAGAUUUGUGCCAACUACCAGAUCUUAAUGAACAGACUUUACUCGACAAUUUGCGUGCUAGAUUUUUAGCUGGAAAUAUUUAUACAUACGUUGGUAGCAUAUUAAUAGCCGUAAAUCCAUUUAAAUUUUACCCGAUAUACAAUCCAAAGUACGUUAAGUUAUAUCAGAAUCGUCGGUUGGGUCCGGACAUACCACCGCACAUAUUCGCGAUCGCCGAUGCCGCUUAUCACUCGAUGCUGAAGGAAAAGAAGAACCAGUGUAUUGUAAUAAGCGGAGAAAGUGGUUCCGGUAAAACGGAGUCGACUAAUUUUUUACUGCAUCACUUGACGGCGCUGAGCCAAAAAGGUUCGCAUGGCAGCGGAGUUGAGCAGACGAUUCUGAGCGCUGGUCCUGUUCUCGAGGCCUUUGGUAAUGCCAAGACUGCUCACAAUAAUAACAGCAGUAGAUUUGGUAAAUUUAUCCAGGUUAAUUACAAAGAAAAUGGUAUGGUACACGGUGCUGUUGUACAGAAAUAUCUAUUGGAAAAGUCCCGUAUCGUAUCCCAGGGUAAAAACGAAAGAAACUAUCACGUAUUUUAUUACUUAUUAGCCGGUGCUAAUGAACAAGAACGACAGUUGUUGCAUUUAGAGAGUGCCGAGCGGUAUAAUUAUUUAAAUAAAAGCGGCUGUUAUGGAUUGGAGAAUAUCGAUGAGCGGCACGAAUUUUCCCGACUGAAGCAAUCCAUGGAGAUGGUGGGUUUUACUCCUGAGAAACAACGUAGACUAUUUGCGGUACUGUCGGCUGUCUUGCUGCUGGGAAACGUCGAGUUCCAGCCGAGAAAGUCUUAUCACCACCACGACGAAGCCGUGGGUGUAAAGAACCCUGAAGUGGUUGCUAUUAUUUCGGAAUUACUUCGAGUAAAGCAGGAAACAUUAUUGGCUGCACUAACAGCCAAGCGCGCACGUGCAUCUGGGGAAACUUUAGUCAUCAAUUAUCGUUUGCCAGAAGCUAUUGCCGCCAGAGAUGCCAUGGCUAAGUGUUUAUAUGGUGCAUUAUUUGAUUGGAUUGUUCUUCAGGUAAACCACGCAUUGCUGUCCAAAAAAGACACUCUGCGUGAUCAUCAAGGCCACAGUAUCGGGGUACUGGAUAUAUUUGGGUUUGAGGACUUCAAGACGUGCAAUAGCUUUGAACAAUUAUGUAUUAAUUACGCUAAUGAACAACUACAACACUACUUCAAUCAACACGUCUUUCAAUACGAACAACGUGAAUACCGCAAACAGGGUAUAAGAUGGACAGAUAUCGGGUUUAGUGAUAAUUCGGGUUGUCUUAAUUUAAUUGAGGGAAAACCAAAUGGAUUGUUGUGUUUACUUGACGAUCAAUGUAACUUCCCGGGUGCUACUAAUGAAACGUUAUUACAGAAGUUUAAUUCUGUACACAAGGACAAUCAAUUUUAUGAAACACCGCAGCGACGUGAGGCGGCUUUCGUUGUUAGACAUUACGCGGGGGCUGUUAAGUAUCAAGCGGCGCAGAUGAGAGAGAAAAAUCUUGAUCUGAUGAGACCCGAUGGGGUUGUCGGUGUUCUGAAAAAUUCCUCUCUUGCGUUCGUACGUGAGCUGGUGGGUGCAGAUCCAGUUGCUGUAUUUAGGUGGGCCAUUUUACGAGCAUUCUUCAGAGCACAUUUCGCCUUCCAAGAAGCCGGUCGUGCUCAUCGUCACGGCAGAGCUGAUGGAAACAAAAAUUCAGUUCAAAGCAGAUAUCGACAACCCAACGAUAAUUUAAUCAGUUCGCACAAACAUAAUCGCCCGGCAAGUUAUCAGAAACAGCGCAGUGUCUGCUUGUCACCAUCGACAACUCAUUCCACACAAAACGAAAACAACGACAAUGUUAACAACAACCAUAACAAUAAUAAUAAUAACAACAACAACAACAAUAAUAAUAAUAAUAAUAACAGGUUGUCUUGGCCGCAAUUUAGAAAUAUAAGUCAAACUCAACAACACCCAAUGAAUAUUGCCUCGACCAAGACAACCUCAACAACAACAACAACAGCAACAGCUACUUAUGUAUUACGAGUAAGGGAUGAGCACCAACCCAUUAGUAACAAUAAGUACAGACGGGAUUGCUCUGCCACUCAUACACCACUUGAGAGGGUGCUUCCUAAAGACGAAGCUAAUGUCAUGGAACGUGCUAAUCAAAUAGUCAUGAAAAAUAAAUCAUUUCGACCACGCGAGCGGGGCAAGAAAGGCUUGAAAAAUUUACAAACGGUCAAAACGCUAGCAGGAAGGACACAGAGCUAUGGAACAGGACCUGGAAAAGCGAGGAAACAGCCAAUGACUGUCUCUGCCCAGUUUCAACACAGCCUGCACAGUCUGAUGGACACGUUGAAUCAAGCGAAUCCAUUUUUUAUCCGGUGCAUUAAAUCAAAUUCAAAUAAAAUACCAAAUGAAUUUGACGAGGAGACAGUCCAGCGUCAGUUACGUUACACGGGAAUGCUCGAAACCGUGAGAAUACGUCAGGCGGGAUUUAAUGUUCGUCUCACUUAUGAAGAAUUCAUUCAACUCUACCGUAUGCUCUUACCAAAUGGUUUAAUAAGCUCUCAAAAUGACGUGCGUGAUUUUCUACUCACGCUCAAUCUUAACAAAGACAAUUAUCAACUUGGUAAAACAAAAGUAUUUUUACGUGAAUCGGAAAAAAUAAAACUAGACAUUGAGUUGCAUCAGCAGAUAAUUACGAGCAUAACGACAAUACAGAAGUGGUUUCGCGCUUGUCUUGAGCGGCGAAAAUUUUUGAGAAUUAAAAAUUCCGUGGUGCUGAUACAGUCUUUUUGGCGAAUGAUAAUGGCGCAAAAAAUAGCCCACACUAUUCGCGCAAGAGUCGAGGCUGCAGUACACAUACAAAAUACCUGGCGCGCUUAUCGACAGUACUCGUGGUUUAAAAAAUUAAAGUCAUCUAUUGUAAUAUUCCAGUCACAUGUACGUGGUCGUAUUGCACGUAAAUCAUUUAUGGAAAUUAAAAAACGCAAGCAAGCAGCCACUGCAACAUCAUUGUCUUCGUUGUCAUCGUCAUUGUCAUCGUCGUCGUUGAUUAAUAAAUCAGAGAUAGAUUUUAGUGAAAAUAGCAGCACUUGUGAUAAAAGUCCAUUAUCUAAAAGUAUUGGGUUACAGUCUAAAUUAACAUUGGAACCUUGUCCAUCACCACGUCGUGAAUAUAUGACGUCAUCAAAAUUAGAUAUCAAUCCUUGUGCUACUAAUUCAAUAAAUCCAAUUGAUAAUAUGGAUGUUACAUAUUCAAAACGCAAAUUAACGCCAAAUAAACGUCUUCUUACUACUGCUAAUUCGCGGGAUCCAAAAAGCCCAGAAGCGUUAUUCAGUCCUGAUGAUAAUUCUUUACGCAAAGGCAGUCUCGAGAGCUUGGCUAGUUUCAAGAGCUAUGAAUCACAGCUCAGUAUUGACAGCAGCGAAUCUCAUUACUCACAAGAAAGCAAUUCAACAAAACCUGUACCAAGUGCUAGAACAAAGCGCGUAGAUCAAUCGCCGCUGAUAACAGCAGCUCAUGCUAGUGUUAUCAAUACCAUAAGUCGGUCGUCGUUAAUGAGCAAACGCACUGACAGCUCGUCAACGGGAUACAGCGACGGUGACACUGACGGUGAAGCUCCAAGUCUUGUACAAAGUGCACCCCCUGUUUUCAAUACCACGAUAUCGUCAUUCCACAGCCCACGGGAUAAAUAUCAUCCGGGAUUGUCUCAGCAGCAGCAGCAGCAGAGCCCGGCGUCAGACGUAUGGCGACGUAGAGCUGAAUAUUCAACGACAACUUAUGUUGAUACUAAUCCACAGAAAUCUACUUUGAUAACAAGAUCCCCCAAUGUAACGCAGUACAGAAAUUUGACUGAGAGUCUGCUGGAGCAAGCGAGACUCGAGCGAUUAAAUGAAGUAUCGAAUUUAAAUAUUAAAAUUGAUAAUAGUGAUAAUAAUAAAUUUAUUAGUAAUAGUAGUAGUAGUAGUAGUAAAAAUGAUGGGUUGUCAAUUCGCGAGAGAAGGUUCAAUGAAUCUCAAGAUAAAUUUGUUGAAGUUUCAAAUAUCAGACGUGAUCAGACACGUGACAUUAAGGAGUACAGUUUUUUGAAACGACAGAAUUCGGAAGGUGACACGGCUUUAAAAUUGAUGGACUUGAUCCCGUCGUUGCAUGACGACAGACCAGUUGCUGAGAAGACUGAACCAGAUGUACCGGUAAGGAGUGCACGUAGAAAUCGACCUAGUCGGGAAGUCCUGUGUCGUUCAAUGGGGGAAAGUGUUAAUGAAACUCUAUCAGUUUCCGAUGCACGGAGUAUUUUUCUUGGAACAAUAAAAGAAGAUCUUAAUAAAAGCCACUGGUCUAAUGCAUCCACGACAUCGAUAUCCUCGACGAUAACUUCCUCGGCGACUUCAAUGACUCCAACUAGCAUGGCCAUUAAAAAAGACGAUCCGUCAUCGAGGUCAGUUACCGAUUGGCCAGUGAACAAGGAAGCGGCUUACAAAGGACAGCAAUUGGGUAAACGCAUGCGUUCAAAUGCCAUAACGACACUUGAAUUACGACGUAGAAACUCGGAUCCAGCGACUAAAAUAUCGGGAUUAGAUGAAAAAGCGACUGUCGUUGGAGAUUGUGGAGAUUUAAAACUUGCGCCUGGUAUGAAUCGUCUCGAGUGGAAGGGAAAUAAUUUAUUCACACUCGCUGGUCACAGAUUUCGUAAGGUCGCUAGAUUUUCAAAAGAAGACGUAUGCGUUUCUUGUCAUGAAAAAAUGGAUGCAUUUGUUACUCAAGGAUACAAAUGCAAUGAUUGUAAACAACUUUAUCAUGUUAAAUGUAUACAGAAUGGCGGUGUACUAAAAAUGCCCUGUUCGUUGGCCAACACAACGACAGCCAACAGGCGUAAAAAUCGCAAGCCCAUAAUGCGGACACCUUACGAUACUUCUGCCAAUAAGCAAACAGUCGCAUCCAAAUUCAGUCUCACUGGCACAUCGGCAUUUACAGACAGCGCUGACAAAAUUAUUUCCGACGCUAAAGAGCUGGCUUUGAUGCAGGACUUCAUUACCAAGAAAAUUUAUAUAAUGGAAGGGCAGGAAGAGGGUAAGAAACCCAGUGAAGUCGACAGGGUAUUUAAGCAAGCGCUGAGAAAGUUCAAAGACGAUUUAGUUAUUACUUACAGUGUUGCUAUUCAACAAGGGGUUGAGGGCAAUAUCAAGUACACAGACUUGAUAGCAAACUUUUUGCACGUUAUGGAGACUGUUUGUAAACAAGAGAAUACUCGAGAAGAUUUUCCUGUCACGAUGGGUGUCAAUGCCUUCCGAGGUUUCAUGAAUGAGUUUAUGACACAAGUUAAGCCCGAGGCUAUUGAUAAGCAGAGCAAGAGCAAGAGGAAGAAGGAGAAGAAACGGAAGCAAGAGGAGCCCAUCAAGCACGGCAGUCAUAUGUUCCAAUUAACGAUUAUUAAUAUCCCGACUGCUUGCGAAGUCUGUACCUCAUUUUUCAUGUGGCCUAUCGAGCGUGGACUUGUUUGUCAAAAUUGUAAAUUAACGUGUCACAAAAAAUGCUACAUGAGAGCAGCUGCUGAAUGCGGCAAGGACGGAUCCAUUCAUGAUUCGAAUUCACGUAAAGUAUUUGGUGUGCCGCUGUAUAAAUUAGAUUGCGGUGACGGCAAAGUACCUCUGGUUGUUGAUCGUUUAAUAACGACAAUAGAAAUGCACGGUCUUUAUACCGAGGGUUUGUAUCGUAAGAGUGGAGUGAGUUCUAAAGUACGUGAGCUCAAGGUUAAAAUGGACGAAGACGAUUUGCAGAACAUUGACUUUGAGAAUUAUCAAGUUCACGUGUUAGCUGCUGUGUUGAAAAGUUUCUUUCGUGAUAUGCCAGAGCCGCUGCUGACAUUCGAGUACUACGAUGAUUUUUUACACGCCGCAAAUUUAACAGAUCCCCAGGAUCGGGUCAAUACUCUCUUUGCAAUACUUAAAAAAUUGCCUAAGCCAAAUUACGAUUUGAUGGAGCGAUUGACGGUCCACUUGGCCCGGGUCGCGCUCAAUGAAGUCGCGAAUCGCAUGUCCUCCUCCGCACUGGCGAUAGUUUUUGCGCCAUGCAUACUCAGGACUAAUCGCACAUUGCCAGCACAAGACUCACUGCAAGACGUCGGCAGACAGACUAAAUGUGUUGAGACAAUCGUACAAGAUAAAUUACGUAGCGUAAGGACAGCACUUGCUGACAUAAGUACUCUAGAGUCCGCAUGUCACGCCGCGACAAAUCGUCUGUCCAGUUUGAGAUCUUCAAAGAUAUUCAGCCCCGAAGAGCUGAGCGUGUCCUCGACAACAGCCGGCGGUCGUGCGAGCAACUCUGACCGGGACGGCGACCGCGGUGGUGGCGACGAAGAAGAGGCACUUCUAGUUGGACAUAUCCAAACAAUUCAAAAAGAAAAGGCACUACUUACAUCAACUCUACCCAGUUUAACUCGCGCUUCCUCAGAUGACGACCUACUCCUGUCAGCGACAGAUCUUGACGACGGCUCUCUAGAUGAUUUACUUCCAUCAGCGGAUGCAUUGGUAAGAAAAAAAAAUAUUCAUAGACAAAGCUCGGCGGAUAAUACUUUUCCUACGAUAAUAAAUGUCGACGAAGACAUGGUGAUGGUAUGACCUGUCGUUUACAUUAAUUGCAAUCAUUAAUACUAUUAUUAUUAUGGUUGACAGCAGUACUGUUAAUUUUAUUGAUGUCAAUAAUUAUUAACGACUGGUGCCACCAAGCCAAGUUAUAUUAACUCGGACUAAAUAAUUUCCGGCUACUGUUUACUCGUUAGUAGUUAUUUAUUUUGAUAGAUCAUUAUUAACUUUUUACUUUAGUUUAACUAUUGCGUAUAUAUUUAUAUGUGCAAGAAAUAAUAAAAAAAAAUAAAAUAAAAAAAUGCUUCGCAGAUUGAAUGAUCGCGUGCCGUGCAAGGUUCGAUAUCGAUCUCUGAGGUUGUCAAAACCCGGCAUUUAUUUUUUUUAUAUUAAAGAAAUUUAAAAAAAGUUAUAAAAUUUCUUUUACUAUUAGAUAAAAAAAAAUAAAAGGUGAUAGAUAAUAAAUAAUCACCGGUAUCAUUUAUUUAUUUUUUUAAAAUAAAUUUUUUUAUGUCUUAGUUAUUAAAUAAAAACGGCAACGCUCGUAAUUUAGUUAAAUAAUUAAAUAAAAUGUAUUUUAGAUAAUGGACAAAAAUAAAUUAUUAUUUUGUUACGUUUUUUAUUGCUAUUAUUUAAAUAAUUAGUUUUUAAAAUUAAGUGGUUUAAAAUAUUUGAUGCGGUUUGACAGCCUCUACUUCCUUUUACUUCCCGCGCUGGUCAAUCAGCGACUUAGAUUAAUUUUUAUUAACAAAUUUAAAUAAUUAUAAAUAAAUAAAUGAAAUAUAUAUUGAUAAAUAUAAUCAAUAAUAAUAAAUAAAACCAAAUGUAGCGUGUAUAUAAUUAAUAAUAAUAAUCUGUUAUUA